GAAAUGGUGAAACAUCUCAAUGUUUAGAUAGUAUGGGACGGAAGGAGCAUGAUAAAAUAGGCAUCUUCAAAUGUCAUGGCCAGGGAGGAAAUCAGAUAUUUGCACUUAGCCAUAUGAAUGAAUUGAAACAUGAUGAUUUGUGUAUAGACUCAUCAAAGGAUUCCAAUUACAAAGAUAUUAUUCUGUUUAAAUGUCAUGGUAAACGUGGGAAUCAAGAGUGGCUAUACAAGGAUGAUACUAAAGAGAUUGUGCAUCGUCCUACUUCUCUAUGCCUUGAUAAAGCACCGCCAGGUAAAGACGCUCCUACCUUGAACAAUUGCGAUGGAUCGCUACACCAAACAUGGAACCUGGUUGAAAUUGAUCUCACAGCACCUAUACGAUAACCAACAAUUGUAUAAU